UUCCUUCAUUUCCCUUCACCCGUUGCGAAUGAAGAGAACGAAGCCACUCCUCCGCACCCUGCCGCACUUCCUCACAUGGCGUGCCUUCCGCUUCCGCACCUUCGUCGCCGCCGCCACCAAGCACCUCGAGACCUUCACAGAGCAAUUCGAAAUCGGUUCGCGCGUGAUCACGCUCGAGACCUGCAAGAUCGCGCGCUUCGCCAAUGGCGCCGUCGUUUUGGCCAUGGACAACACCAACGUCCUCUCCACCGUCACCGCCGCUAAAUGAAAUUUUGUUUAACAUUCUUAAUUAAU